CCUCCAAUACACACUGCUGGCCGGCUAGUUGGUCUGUUAUUGCCGUUCUUCACCAUGCCUUUCAGACAAUUGCCGGUGCCAAUGGCACGUUGCUUGCGCAGCUUCGGCCCUGCAGGUGGGCGCCCAGGGAGAUUAGUCCGCUUCAACCAGACAUUGGCGCCCAGCAUAGCCGUUGUCGGCGGCCCUGCUCGUCAACUUGCCGGUUUCUCAUCCGCUGCCCCACUGCAUCGAAGUGGGGGAUCAACAUCACCACCAUCUUCCCAUGCUGGCGCUGGUAUAAAGCCAGCCACCUCUCGGCCCCUUGUCGAGGAUGAGUUCAAGGCCACCAUCGAACAAGCCAGGAACCUUUCUUCGAAAUCAACCGAGAUGUAUACCGCGUCUUUCGCCUUCUUCGAGGCGCUAUGGGACGCCGGCGUCACCCACUGCUUCGUGAACCUAGGCUCUGACCAUCCCAGUAUCAUCGAAGCCAUGGUCAAGGGUCAGAGGGAGCGAAAGGGAAACUUCCCCAGAAUCAUCACGUGUCCCAAUGAAAUGGUCGCCAUGUCCAUGGCCGACGGCUACGCUCGCCUAACCGGAAAACCGCAAUGUGUUAUUGUCCACGUCGACGUAGGAACGCAAGGUCUAGGCGCUGCUGUCCACAACUCGUCAUGCGGCCGCGCGCCCGUUUUGGUGUUUGCCGGUCUGUCUCCCUUCACCAUCGAAGGCGAGAUGAGAGGCAGCAGAACAGAGUACAUCCACUGGAUUCAGGAUGUCCCUGAUCAAAAGCAAAUCGUUUCGCAAUACUGCCGGUACUCUGGCGAGCUCAAGACAGCAACCAACGUCAAGCAGAUGGUUAAUCGUGCCCUUCAGUUCUCCAAGUCAGACCCUCAAGGGCCCGUAUAUCUUUGCGGUGCUAGAGAGGUGAUGGAGGCUGAGGUCGAACCGUACAGCAUUCGUCAAGAGGACUGGGACCCCGUCGAGCUCGGAGGUCUUCCCAAGAACGCCGUCAACAAGAUUGCCGAGGCAUUGGCCGGUGCAAAGGAGCCACUCAUUGUCACUGGAUUUGGCGGCAGAGACCAUCAAUUCCCUGGCGCUCUCGUUGAACUCGCAAACACCGUCAAGGGCCUGCGCGUUGUUGACACAGGUGGUAGCGAUAUGUGCUUCCCUGCAGACCACCCUGGCUGGCUGGGUCUUCGCUUUGGUAUUGAGGACGCGGUAAACACUGCCGAUGUCAUUGUCGUUCUCGACUGCGACGUCCCGUGGAUCAACACUCUGUGCCACCCCAAGAAGGACGCCAAGAUUUUCCAUAUCGAUGUUGACCCGCUCAAGCAGCAAAUGCCCGUCUUCUACAUCGCCGCCCAGUCGAGAUACCGAGCGAGUAGCCUGGUGUCGAUUGAACAGAUUACUGCACACCUAAAGGGUCAGUAUGCUGCUCAACUUGAGUCUGCGGAAGCCAAGGAGCGCGAGGCCAAGGUCAAGGAGUCUCACAAGCAGCUUCUUGCCAAGAUCGAGGAAAAGGCGCAGCCCAAGGCAGAUGGCGAGUUCGGCACUGGCCACCUUACCCGGUCACUGAAGAAGCUGUGCCCAGAGGACACCAUCUGGGCCAUUGAGGCUGUGACAAACACAAUUUUCGUCCACGACAAUCUUCAGCCCACACUGCCCGGAUCUUGGAUCAACUGCGGUGGCGGUGGCCUUGGAUGGUCUGGCGGUGGCGCUCUCGGUAUCAAACUGGCAACCGACUUCGAGAACGGUGGCAACAACAAGGGCAAGUUUGUUGUGCAAAUAGUUGGCGACGGCACAUUCCUCUUCUCUGUGCCAGGUAGCGUAUACUGGAUCGCCAAGCGAUACAAUAUCCCUAUUUUGACGAUUAUUUUAAAUAACAAGGGAUGGAACGCCCCCAGGCGGUCACUUCUUCUGGUGCACCCUGAUGGCGAAGGUUCCAGGGCGACGAACGAAGAGAUCAACAUCUCGUUCGACCCGGCCCCCGAUUAUGCCGGUAUUGCCAAGGCGGCAGCGGGCGGAGACUUGUUUGCUGCUCGUGUAGACAACGCGGCGGAUCUUGAUGGUGUGCUGAAGAAGGCUAUUGAGACGGUGCAAGGCGGUCAGCCCGCUGUUUUGGAUAUCAAAGUGGCCCUGGGUUCAUAGAUAUAGCGUUGACGAAGUAAAACGGAACGGCGAAGGUAGAGGACCGGUAUAAGCGGAUGGCAUAAGGUAUUUUCACCAGGCUGGUAUAGCGUGGCUUGGUAGAUUUGACGCUUGUUUUCGCAGACGUAGAUGGACUAUCGCGGGGCUCACCGGGCAGAAUAGAGAGUGACCGAACAUCAUUUGAAUUUUUGAUUGGAAUACGAUAGCGCUGGGAACAUCGUCGGGCGAGCAUGGGUGAGCCUUGGGUGGAAGUAAAAUUCUCGAGGUGCUGCAAGAAAUCCAUUGAGGACAGUGACUUGUCAUCUAGCUUCGGGAUGGGACCAUAUUCGCUGGAUAGCUUCCGACGUUAGUAGCCACACAGACGGAGGAUACUGUUGAGAUGGUAUUGUUGAAUGCGAGAGCUGUUCGUUAUCAUUGCUGUAAUGAUCUGCGGGCAAUGGUGAAUGACGCCAAAGAAGCCUUAGCAGCUGCGCGACCUAGACCUCCCCUAACCCAGCGGGUAGAUCUCCCUGAGAAGCCGGCUAGAAUCAAGGCUAGUCGGCGUGGUGUGUAAUGUACGCGACGAGUCUGACUGGGCGUGGAAGAUAAUCAGGGAUGGAUGGGUGGGUUUUGCGGCACAAGCUUGGGGGUAGGUAAGUGUUCGAUACCAUGUUCGUCGACUGAGUCGGAAGAAGGAAGUGGUGUGGUGUGUAGCGGAGACCUCGAUGUGUUUGCCACCGAUGGGUCGUUUGGACAAGGACAUAUUGGAUGUUCGUAUCAUUAUCGUCAGUUUGCC